ACAGCAGUAGCGCUCGAGAGAGUAAAUAGAGAAAGCCCCAAGAUGGCGGAGUCAGUGAGCUUCAUUCACUUUGGUGCAGCGAAUAAAACCCCGCUGUCCAAACCGAAAGAACCGAAAGCCACGACGGAAAAUCGACCGCAGUCUUCACGCGACCACCACCCUCCACCGGCGAAGAAAGUGCGAAACGACGAGAAAAGCCUGAAACCCAAGAAACUGAACGGGGAAGGCGGAGGAGGCGGCGGCAUAGCAGACAAGCAGCACCAGAAGCAGAGUUAUGGCAGUCCGACAACAUGGAGCUUCGGUCCCAUCAAGUCGAGCAACCCGACGGCGCCAGCCCAACCGCCCCUUCACAAAGUGUUCAAGCAGAGCGCAUUCCUCGCGUCUCCACCGAAGCCUAAAAAGCUCAAGGAAAAACGGGAAAAGGAGAAGGAGAAGAAAAAACAUAAGCCACCCGCGGAAAAUAAUGUCAGCAGCCUGCUCGUCCCCGGACUGAAGAAGGAGAACGGCGAGGUGAAGUUGGUACAGAAAGAGCACAUCAACAAGGACAAGCUGAAGGAUCGAGACCGGGAGCGCGAGCGAGAGCGCGAGAAAAAGAAAGAGAUGCAUAAAGAAAUGCACAAGGAGAUGCAUAAAGAAAAAGAAUUGCAUAAAGAAAUGCACAAGGAAAUGCAUAAAGAAAAAGAAAUGCAUAAGGAGAAAGAUCUGCAUAAAGAAAUAUAUAAAGAUCUGCAUAAGGAAAAGGAGAAAGACCUGCAUAAAGAGAAGAAGGAGGAGAAAGACCUGCAUAAAGAGAAGAAGGAGGAGAAAGAUCUGCAUAAAGAGAAGAAGGAGAAAGACCUGCAUAAAGAAGAGAAGAAGGAGAAAGACCUGCAUAAAGAGAUGAAGGAGGAGAAAGACCUGCAUAAAGAAGAGAAGAAGGAGAAAGACCUUCACAAGGAGAAGAAGGAGGAGAAAGAUCUGCAUAAAGAGGAGAAGAAGGAGAAAGACUUGAAUAAGGAAGAGAAGAAGGAGAAAGACCUGCAUAAGGAGAGAGAGAAGGAGAGGGAGAAGAAGAAACUCAAACUGUCCAACGUGAUCAAGAGGGAGAACGGCGAGGUCAAAUUGCUCCACAAAGGGGAGAAGGCCAAGCCCAAGCUGAGUCUGGAGGAGCUGCAGAUCAAGAAGGUGAAGAAGAAAAAGCGCAAGCGGCGGCGCGAGGAGGAGAAGCGGCGACGGCCCAAGAUGCACCACCGCUCCAGCCAGACCGACCUGCCCACAGGCCACGCCUCUUCCUGCGCUAACCCCGCCUCUUCCUGCUCUAACUCCGCCUCUUCCUGCUCUAACUCCGCCUCCUUCAAGCCCCCGCUGCCCGUCCUCCAGGGCGGCGCCGUCGUCAAGCAGGAGAAGAGUUCGUCGCCACGGGGACUACUGAGCUCUGGCUCCACCCCCGCCGCCGCCGCGGAGGUCGCUAAGGGCGCGUCGUCGUCGUCGUCGUCGUCGUCGGGGGCGUCGUCGUCGUGCCGACUGCCGGGCGUGGAGGCGAUGGAGUUCGGGCGUCUGGUGCACGUGGAGCAGCAGCCUAACGGGGGCGCUCUCGUGCUGCACGCGUAUAGCCGUGAGCUGGCGGGUUUAACGGCCGCGCAGCUGCAGCGCUUCGCGCACGAGUUCGUCACGCUGGCGUUCGGCGAGGACUCGGCCGGCGCCGCCCACUACGUGAUGGGCAUCGUGCACGGCGCCGCCGCAUACCUGCCCGACUUCCUCGACUACUUCUCCGGCAAGUUCCCCGCCGCGCCCGUCAAGAUGGAGAUCCUCGGCAAGAAGGACAUCGAGACCACCACCAUGCUCAACUUCCACAGCCAGGUGAAGAAGACGUACUCCCACGGGACGUACCGUGCGGGAGCCAUGCGGCAGAUCAGUCUGGUGGGGGCUGUGGACGAGGAGGUGGGGGACUACUUCCCAGAGUUCCUCAACAUGCUCAACGAUUCGCCCUUCCUGGAGCGUACGUUGCCGUGGGGAACGUUCUCCAGCUUGCGGCUGCAGAGCCCGAAGGAGAGCGAUGACGGACCAAUCAUGUGGGUGCGGCCCGGAGAACAGAUGAUCCCCGUCGCUGACAUGCCAAAGUCCCCCUUCAAGAGGAAAAGGUCAACCAAUGAGAUCAAGAAUCUCCAGUACCUGCCGCGGAGCAGCGAGCCGCGCGAGAUGCUGUUCGAGGACCGCACGCGCGCCCACGCAGACCACAUCGGCCAGGGCUUCGAGCGCCAGACCACCGCCGCCGUCGGAGUGCUCAAGGCCGUCCACUGCGGAGAGAGCACGGAGCCUCCUCGCAUUACCAAAGACGUGAUUUGUUUCCACGCCGGUGAUUUUCCUGACGUGGUGCAGAGACUACAGCUAGACCUGCACGAACCCCCACUCUCACAGUGUGUGCAGUGGGUGGACGAUGCCAAGCUGAACCAGCUGCGUCGAGAGGGCAUCCGCUACGCACGCAUCCAGCUGUACGACAACGACAUCUACUACAUCCCGCGCGGCGUGGUGCACCAGUUCAAGACCGUGUCGGCCGUCUGCAGCCUGGCCUGGCACAUCCGGCUGCGCCAGUACCACCAGGACGGGGACCACGACGACGACGCCGUCGCCACGGCAACCGCGCCCGCCGCCACGGCAACCAUGCCCACCGCCGCGCCCGUCAAGCAGGAGCCCCUCGGCGACGCAGCUGCGGAGAACCCGCCCAAAGCAUCCGUCUCCAUGACGACGACGACGACGACGGCGGUGUCCAACGACGCCCCCAGAGACUCUCAGCCCCUCCCCCAAAUUAAAGUGGAGCCGGCUGAUUCGCUGCCGGUUUCCAAGGCAGCCAAGCCACACCCCAGCGGAGAGGGCCGGCCCAAAUCGCAUCACCACCAUCAUCAUCAUCAUCAUCACCACUCGGACGCAAGAGCCGCGCCUGCAGUCCACACACACGCAUCCUCACACACACACACACACACACACACCCCAGACCACAGGACCUCCCCGGCCCCCCAGCCCUCUGACACACACACACCCCAAACUCAAAUGCACACACACACUCCCCAGUCCAGGCCGCACCCAGCCGAGCCUAAGCCCCACCCAUCCCACCACAAGCCCCACCCAUCCCACUCAAAGCCACACCCACCCCAUUCUCGGCCACACCCACUCCAUUUCCAGCAGGCGGAGCUUCAUCAGCAGCAGCUGUUGUCUCCGUCCGUGCAGCCACACACACACCCCCACACACACACACACUCUCAGCCCCGGCCCCUGACCCCCACACACACACUGCCGCCCCCGCCAGCAGCCCAAAGCCACACACACUCACAACAGGCCCCGCCCCCACGGCCGCUGAAGCCCAAUCAGGACUCGUUUCCCCCCACGGAGCCCCGCCCCCCCAGCUCCCACGUGCCGCCGCACCACAAAGACGUUUUCUACUGAAGAGGGACGCCACGGUUUUUAAAUGCCCCCCCAUUUCACCACCCCCCCCCCC